AUGUUGUCCCGCUUUAGCAAGUUUAAGACCAAAUUUAAACCCCUGCCGCAGACUGCUCAACCACAGAAAGCCUUAGCUCAUCGCGAACUCACGCAGUCCCAAGCAUCUCCACCAUUGGUGACUACCCCGAAGUCUGCAGCCGAGGCGGCGACAUCACUGCCCGACGUUGCUCCUUCUCAAACCUCGCUGUCGAGUCUGCAGGAGCGACUUUGGAACCAGGCAUACGAUGAACUUAAAGCCAGCGAGCCUAAAGCAGUCGAUGCGUACGAGACGAUCCUAUCCAAUGAACUUUGCCCAGGGAAUAAUAUGCAAAAUGAGAUGGGCAAGACUCCUGAUACAAGGUGUCAACAAAUGCAACAGCUGGUCCAGGCAGGACUAAACCGCACACUCAAGGAAGCCUCUAUCAAGCAGGGAAUCGGUGAAUGCAUGGAGGCGGUGCAAGCAAUGAGAGGAAUAGUCGGCAAGGCCAUACAGGCUGCUCCACAAGCUGCGGUCGCAUGGGUUGGUGUUUGCAUUGGCUUAGAGAUCAUUUCGAAACCAGUCACUGAGGCUCUUAGCAAUCGCAAGGGAAUAUCUUAUGUUCUAUCGAGAGUGAAUUGGUACUGGAACCUGGCGCAUCUCUUAUUAGACAAAAAUAAGGCUGUCGACUCCUCUGCUGAGCUACGCGACGAAUUAGAGAGCCAUAUCGUCAAACUCUACCAAAAACUCCUCUUAUACCAGAUAAAGAGCAUCUGUCUUUAUCGCCGGAAACAGCUUAGUAUUAUUGGCAGGGAUCUACUUUCGCUUGAUGACUGGGUUGGCCAACUUCAUGACAUCCGAGAAGCAGAGAAUGCCAUCAAAAAUGAUGCAGAGCAGUACAAUUGUGAGCAGAUAAAGGAAUACAUUAGCAAUCUCGCUACUACUGCUGCUUCCCAAGAAAAGAAGCUCGAUGGCAUCUAUUCAGCUAUUCAGGACCAAACACAGCGACAAGAGGAGAAGUUUCAAGACGACAAAGACAAGCAGUGCUUGAAAGACCUAUAUGAAACCAAUCCUAUUAAGGACAAGGAGCGCAUUCAGGAUACAAAGGGCGGUUUACUUAGGGGCUCGUAUCUCUGGAUUCUUGAAAACACCGACUUCAGACAAUUUCGCAAUAAUCCGCAGAGCCGGCUACUAUGGAUUAAGGGUGACCCUGGUAAAGGCAAGACUAUGCUUUUGUGCGGCAUUAUUGACGAGCUGCAGAAAGAACCCGAUACAGUCUUAUCCUACUUCUUCUGCCAAGCUACCGAGGCUCAAUUGAGCAACGCAACAUCUGUCCUACGUGGCCUUAUGUACCUCCUCUUAGGGAAGCGACCGUCACUAAUUUCACAUCUGCGGGCAAAGUAUGAUACUGCAGGCGAAAAGCUAUUUCAAGGCAUAAAUGUGUGGGGGUCACUGGCUGAGAUACUCACGGAUAUGUUGAAGGAUCCAACCUUCACAGAUGCUGUCUUCGUGGUGGACGCACUGGACGAGUGUACCACAAACAGAUCUCAGCUUUUUGACUUCAUUGUAGAAUCGUCAUCAUCUUCAUCUCGUGUGAAGUGGAUUAUUUCUAGUCGAAACUGGCCAGAAAUUGAGGAACAACUAAACACUGCGAAGCAGAAAGUCAGAUUACAGCUCGAAUUGAAUCAGAACUCCAUCUCCGACGCCAUCACCACGUAUAUUAACCAUAAGGUGAAUCAGUUAGGUCGUUUAAAGAAUUACGAUGAGGGAACAAGGAAUGCUGUCCAACACUAUUUGGCAGAAAGUGCUAGUGGUACCUUUCUCUGGGUUGCCUUGGUUUGUCAAGAGCUUGCGGAUCCGAAGGUUAGAAAACGGCACACUCUUGCUAAGCUUAAGGCAUUUCCUCCAGGACUGAACUCGCUGUAUGGCCGGAUGAUAGAAUUCAUUAACGAUUCUGCCGAUGCGGAUAUUUGCAAGCAGGUCCUCGCUAUCACUUCGGUCGUAUAUCGACCUCUUAGCCUGCAUGAGUUAAAGACUCUUGCUGGGUCUCUGGAGGAUUUGGGCCUGGACGACUUAAGAGAAAUUACUGGGUCAUGUGGCUCUUUCUUAACUCUCCGAGAAGAUAUCGUUUACUUUGUGCAUCAAUCGGCAAAGGAUUACCUGCUCAAUGAGGGGUCUGAUGCUAUCCUACCUUCUGGCAUCUCGGACCAGCACCAUGCCAUCUUUUUGAGGUCAUUAAAGGCUCUGUCACAGACACUUAAACGUGACAUUUACGACCUACGGGCUCCGGGACUUCUGGUCGAUCAGCUCUCCCCCCCUGAUCCCGACCCAUUAGGCCCCCUUCGUUACUCCACCGUCUACUGGGUUGACCAUCUUGGCGAUUCGAAAUCCACGAAAACAGACCCUAACAGCGAUGUAGAGGACGGCGGCAUUAUUCAUGAAUUUAUUCGGAAGAAUUAUUUAUACUGGCUAGAAUGUCUUAGUUUGUUACACUAUGUGCCAGAGGGGGUUAAGGCGAUGCAAAAGCUCGAGGAUAUUGCAAGAAAUACAAAAUUGCAGCAACUAUCGGAACUUGUCCAAGAUGCGCGCCGCUUUAUUCUUUCUCACAAAUUAGCCAUGGAGAUCGCCCCAUUGCAGCUCUACACUGCAGCACUUCUGUUCAGCCCCGCGAACAGCCUAGUCAGAGUGCUUUUCAAGAAGGAAGAGCCUGAUUGGGUCACACCAAAGCCGGUUAUGAGACUAGACUGGGGCGAGUGCUUGCAGACGCUUGAAGGCCACAGCGGUUGGGUGUGGGCGGUGGCCUUCUCGCACGACUCCAAGCUCGUGGCCUCGGCCUCUCAAGACAAGACGAUACGGAUCUGGCACGCAGACACGGGCGAGUGCACGCAGAGGCUCGAGGGCCACCGCGACCACGUAAACUCGGUGGCCUUCUCGCACGACUCCAAGCUCGUGGCCUCGGCCUCUGACGACGAGACGAUACGGAUCUGGCAUGCGGACACGGGCGAGUGCACGCAGACGCUCGAGGGCCACAGCGGCCGGGUAAACUCGGUGGCCUUCUCGCACGACUCCAAGCUCGUGGCCUCGGGCUCUGGCGACGGGACGAUACGGAUCUGGCAUGCGGACACAGGCGACGAGACGAUACGGAUCUGGCACGCAGACACGGGCGAGUGCACGCAGAGGCUCGAGGGCCACAGCGGCUGGGUAAUCUCGGUGGCAUUCUCGCACGACUCCAAGCUCGUGGCCUCGGCCGCUAAAGACAAGACGAUACGGAUCUGGCACGCGGACACGGGCGAGUGCACGCAGAGGCUCGAGGGCCACAGCGGCUGGGUAUACUUGGUGGCCUUCUCGCACGACUCUAAGCUCGUAGCCUCGGCCUCUAAUGACGAGACGAUACGGAUCUGGCAUGCGGACACGGGCGAGUGCACGCAGACGCUCGAAGGCCACCGCGACGAGGUAUACUGGGUGGCCUUCUCGCACGACUCCAAGCUCGUGGCCUCGGCCUCUAACGACGAGACGAUACGGAUCUGGCACGCAGACACGGGCGAGUGCACGCAGACGCUCGAAGGCCACCGCGACCAGGUAAACUCGGUGGCCUUCUCGCACGACUCCAAGCUCGUGGCCUCGGCCUCUCAAGACAAAAUGAUACGGAUCUGGCACGCGGACACGGGCGAGUGCACGCAGACGCUCGAGGGCCACAGCAGCUGGGUAAACUCGGUGGCCUUCUCGCACGACUCCAAGCUCGUGGCCUCGGGCUCUGGCGACGGGACGAUACGGAUCUGGCAUGCGGACACGGGCGAGUGCACGCAGAGGCUCGAGGGCCACAGCGGCUGGGCGUGGGCGGUGGUCUUCUCGCACGACUCCAAGCUCGUGGCCUCGGCCUCUAAAGACAAGACGAUACGGAUCUGGCAUGCGGACACGGGCGAGUGCACGCAGAGGCUCGAGGGCCACAGCGGCUGGGCGUGGGCGGUGGUCUUCUCGCACGACUCCAAGCUCGUGGCCUCGGCCUCUAAAGACAAGACGAUACGGAUCUGGCACGCGGACAGGGGCGAGUGCACGCAGAGGCUCGAGGGCCACUGCGGCUGGGUAUACUCGGUGGCCUUCUCGCACGACUCUAAGCUCGUGGCCUCGGCCUCUCAAGACAAGACGAUACGGAUCUGGCACGCGGACACGGGCGAGUGCAUGCAGAGGCUCGAGGGCCACAGCGGCUGGGUAAACUCGGUGGCCUUCUCGCACGACUCCAAGCUCGUGGCCUCGGCCUCUAACGACGAGACGAUACGGAUCUGGCAUGCGGACACGGGCGACUGCACGCAGAGGCUCGAGGGCCACAGCGGCCGGGUAAACUCGGUGGCCUUCUCGCACGACUCCAAGCUCGUGGCCUCGGGCUCUGGCGACGAGACGAUACGGAUCUGGCACGCGGACACGGGCAAUUGCACACAGAUUAUUAACACUAGACUUACUACAACGAUCUUAUCGUUUGAACUGGAUAACGCACAUCUACGAACUACUAAAAAUUCUUUCUCUGUACUUGGCGACAAUGCUCCUCCAUACUGCUUUGCAGAUCUCCUCCUACAACCUCCUGCUAGUGUGAUCGCGCAUCGUCCCACCUACGGCAUCAGCCAAGAUCAACGCUGGGUCACAUUAAACGGAGAGAACACGCUCUGGCUCCCAGUGGAAUUUCGUCCCAAUUGCUGGGCGGUAUCAGGAUCUACCAUCGUUAUUGGAUGCUACUCGGGUAGAGUUAUAAUAAUUGGGUUUAACCAAAGUGGAAGACCAGAGGUAUUCAGUCGUUAA